AUUAAGACGCGCCCGCUGCAAUAACUAAAGUUUUUAAAAACGGAAAAUAGCUCUAACUGUAAAUUACAGUGCCUUCGAUAAAGUAAACAACAAAAAAGAAACAGUCGCUACACAAUAACAACAACAACAACAACAGGAUCAACAGCAACAGCAAACAAAUUUGUUAGCUUUUCCAUUACUCAUGAAGCGCGCAACAACAAAACUCUAACAGAGAGAGGCACAAAGACAACGCACCAGCAGCAAGCACCUUUAGUAUGCGAUGAGGCAGCCAGACAAACGCAUCGACAACGAUCGGCAGCGCCAAGCAUUAGAAAUACACGAGUGUGAUUGAAGAAUGAAUAGCAACAACCUGCAGCAAUGGUGGGAAAACACAUAUCGACGACAGCAACAGCAGCAGCCAGCCACCGUCGAUAGCAAUAUCGAUAACGAUAGCGAUACCACACAGCUUCAGUAUGCGCUCCUCGAGCACAACUACUAUGCGGGCGAUGGCGGCAAUGCGCUCGGAGCCGGAGGCGUAGGCGUAGGCGGAGUUAUCGGAGAUACUGCAAUUCGAGACUUUGACUACGAUAACUAUGGAAACUUUACGCUGAUCGAUCCGUAUGGUAUCGAUAGUGCCGGUGCGGACACAGAGCAUGCGAUUCCAUCGUUCACCAUUCUGCUGCUGGCCAUCAGCUAUGGCCUGGUCGUCUUCGGCGGCGUUGUGGGCAACUCCACAUUGGUGCUCACCCUGUGCUCGGCUUCGUCGGUGCGCUUGCGAAAUCCCCUGCUGCUGGCCGUGUGCAUUGCGGAUCUGCUAGUCACGGGCAUUUCGGCGCCAGUCACGCUCCUCAAUCUGGCCAUGAAUCGAGGCAGCAGAUCUCUACCGCUCCUGCUGUGCAAAAUAAUACACUUCGUUCAGGUAAUGCCAGUGGCGGCGAGCACAAUAUCGUUCUUCAUGCUCUCGCUUGAUCGUUAUGCAACUGUGAAGCAUCCACGGCUGGCGCAGUUGCGUCAGCGACGCUAUUUACACGCCUCCCUGGCGGUACUCUCGUGGAUUGCAUCGGCAGCGAUAAGUUCACCCUUUCUAUUUGCAUACAAGAUCAUUGCGAAAUCGGUGAUCAUCAAGGGAGCUGGGGCGGGCACCACACCGAAUCCGGUUAGCAUCAGUUGCACCUCGGAGCUGGGUGCGAAUGCGAUGUUUGUCUCCUUCAUCAUGUUCCACACGAUUGCGGUCUUUGUGCUGCCCGGUGUCGGAGUGCUCCUCAAUCAUUAUGGGGUUCGUCGCAAGCUUUGCGCCCUGUCGCUGACGGCGAGGGCGGCUCAUGGCGAACUGCCGCUGCCCAUGCCGAUCCUGCGCCGCCAGACGCACAUGGUCAUUGUGACGGGCUGUGCGAAUGCACAGCAGGCGGGUUGCGGUGGCGCCACCACCGUCGACGACACAUCGAAUGGCAAUGGUGGUGGCCAGAUUGCCGUCAGUCCGGGCGAUAUACAGUUGCACAAUUUACAGCCAGGUUUGCCGGGCUCCAGCGCUGCACUGGAGCCGGGCUCCUAUCGGUCCAGCAAUCCCAUUUCGCCCCGAGCCAUGAGGGAGAUUCGUGCCCAUUCACAGCGGCAGCGCAUUCAUCGUUCCGGCCGUGGUCCCGCCACACCUGGUAUUCCGCUGCCGCAGACAUCGACACUGCGAUCUCGUCGUCAUCUGGCCAAUAUGCUGAUUGCGUCCGCCUUAAUCUUCAUCGUCUGCUGGGCACCGCAUGUCUUCUGCAUAUUCUACAAGAAUUUCGGUUAUAAGCAAUACUGCAGUAAAACUUCAGUCUAUUUCAGUCUUCUAUUGGGCUACUUUUAUUCGGCCAUCAGUCCGGUCAUCUAUUGGGCGCUCAACCACAAUACGCUACGACAAUCGCCCUGUGCGCCAAUCAUCCGGAUGCGCUCUAUGCAAAAUUUCCUGCGUUCGCGCUUUCGCUCGCAUACCGUCCCGCCGGCACCCUCAUCGACGAAUGAGGCUGCGUUGGGGGCUUUCAAUCCUAAGUUGAUAAAGCUAACACCGAAGCAGUAUAGAGCUCAGGCUUCUUCGCAUUAUCUCUACUAGUGUGAUACUAAACUAAAACUUGAUAUACAUUAU